GCACCGGAUAAGGCGGGUGCAUUGUAGCGGAACCCGGAAAUUAGUAACCGAGCACCGCACGACCAGACGACAAGAGCUGACGCAUUGCUUAAAACUUCAUAUCUGUUGGGAUAUAAACCAAAACCCAGUUACCGUCAAAGGAAGACUUACAUUAGAAUAACCAGAAUGGAAGGGUCAUUGACAGUUACUUCCAAUCCCUCUGUGAAUGUGCGUCUAACCACCGCCAUAUCCUCUUUUGAGGUCAAGCGAAGGUUUGAUAGAGGCUUGUGCAUUGCAGAGCUGAAGGGGAAACUGGAGAUGGUGGUGGGCGUGCCUUCCUCCUGCAUGGACCUGGAGUUGUUCAGCACCUCAGACGAUUACAUGCAAAAAAUGGAUGACGACAACGCUUUGCUGGGCUCUUAUCCCGUGGAUGAUGACUGCAGAAUACACGUUAUUGAUCAAAGUGGUGGUCAACUGGGAGAGUUCACUGAUGUUUCCAAAGUGGAGAAGUUUGCUCUGUCAGAUGACGCGUAUGAAAAGAGAACAGAGACGGCAAGGUCCUUCAUGAAGAAGCAGUCACUCGGUCGCUACAAUGAAGAAGAAAUGGCCAAGAAAAAAGCAGAGAGCAUCGCUCGGGAGGAAGAACAGAAGGCGGCUGCUGAAGCCAUUACCGUCGGCAGCCGAUGCCAAGUGCACGCCAGCGGGCAGCCCACAAAGCUUGGCACAGUCAUGUAUGUUGGCACAACAGAAUUCAAGCCAGGCUUUUGGGUGGGUGUGAAGUAUGAUGAGCCACUGGGGAAACAUGACGGCAGUUGUAACGGGAAGCGGUACUUUGAAUGUGAGAACAAAUAUGGAGGCUUCGUGAAGCCGCUGAACGUGACCGUCGGAGACUUUCCUGAAGAGGAUUACGGUUUAGAUGAAAUGUAGGACUGAACGUGCGAUGGUGGGGGAGAAAAAACAUCAUCCAAACAUUUUUUUUUUUUUGCAUCUUGUGCUUUUUCAAGAGGGAAAGUGAGCAGUGGUGUUUGAGUUAAGUAUGUUCUUUUAACUCCAAAGUCCUUCAUUUCAUGGUCAUGCAGCAUAAUAUUUAAUGUACGCCUAUUCUGUAUCCUUGGGCAUGCAGGAUGUGAUCAUAUGUACAAUAUAAGAAUACUAAAAAGGCAGAGUUUUUGAUGCAACUUUCAAUCCUUCAUGUGUUUGUAAUGUCACAGUAUACUGUAUUGUCAUUUUUCAUCCUUUGAUUUAUUGCAGUGUGUACCAAUCAUACUGUAUGUACAAAAAGGAACCUCUUCCUUUUCAAAUGUUUGUGUAUAAAAUAUAGAUCAUGUCUCCAUGUAGAUAAAUGAUGCAUUGCAUUUCCUCUUA